AUGACCUCCGCGCGCACGACGGCGCUACUGCUUCGCUUGGGAGUCUCUAUCGCGCUCAGCCUGGGCACGGCCUCGCCGCCUCUGCUCCCUGAGCGGGCGCUCGCCGAGCUGAGGCAGCGGUCGUUUGUGGCGAUCCCGGCCUUCCUCUCGCGCGAUCUCGUCGACUCGCUGGUCGACGACAUCAACCUGCUGCGUAAAUCUCCCGGCCGCUCCGCCUCUGCACACCGGGGCGCCGUGGAGUGGUUCGAGCUGCUGCCAAAGGCGCCGCCGGUCCCGGCCGAGGGAGGCGGCCGUGCGGCCCUCCUCCAGCUCGUGUCUGGACUGCAGAGCUCGCUCGAGGAGCUCAGCGGCACCACGCUCUCCGAGGCUCACACCGAGCUCAAGUACGCCUUCUACCCGACCGGCGGCUUCUACCAGAGGCACAUCGACGCGAUGAACGGGUGGCGGCAGAGCGACGGAGGCCACCUGCGCGUCUUCGAGGCUGGCAGCGGCGUGCGCGGCAGCGGCACCCUCCUCGCCGACUUCACGGCGGGCCACUCGCCGCUGCUCUCGCCCGCGCAGCACGUCGACAUCGCCCCGCGGGCGGGCACGCUCGUCGUCUUCCGGUCGGACACGGUGCCGCACGAGGUGAGGCACACGAGCGCCAAGCGGAUGGCGAUCAUCGGCUGGCUCCAUCGCGAGCUGGGCGAGGCGGAGGCGCCCGCCGAGCCGCCCGAGGAGGAGCUGUCGGAGCUCGCCCUGGCGCUCAAGCGGCACUACGAGGGCCGCGGGGAGAAGAUCAAGGGGUUCGAGUCCGUGGACGCUGUGUCGGUGCCGGGCGAGUGA